CUAUUCCUGAAAUUCCAUUGCAUUGCAGCUUUGAGGUUAGAAGUGACUCCACAUCAUGUUUAUUUUGUCCAUGUUUCUUGUCCCGUGCUAUUAGUCAAUUACUGGACAAUUGCCAACCAAGUACGCAAGCACCUCUAUUCUAUUCUCUCAAUUGACCAUCUUUGACAACUACCUUUAAGCAAACAAGGAUUGACUUGUGCUAUCACUUCAUUUUUUCUUAACUACUCAACCGCAUACAACACAACAAGUUAUCAUUCUUCCCUUAAUCAAUGGCUUCCUUAGCCCUGUUCUAUGUAUUCUACACUCUUCUUUUCCAUCUCCAAAGCACUAGAGGCAAACAAUUUUGCAACCCCAUAUCAUGCGGUGAUGUAGAUAUUAAAUUUCCUUUCGGAUUGAAAGGAGCUAAUGAUAAUUGUAGCUACAGUCCGAGGUUUCAACUCUCUUGCAACAACCUCAGCCAAACCAUUCUGAAGCUCCCAAAUUCAGGGGACUUAAUUGUGAAAAGCAUUGAUUACAGAGCCCAAACCAUCCGAGUCAACGAUCCAGAAGGUUGUCUACCGAACCGGUUCAUGCACGAUUGGAACCUCUCCGGUUCACCUUUCAAGCUAAACCCGAUUAUAUACCAAAGCUAUUACAAUCUCACCUUCCUUCGUUGCCCAAACAACUCGACCGGUUCAUCGUCUUUCGGUUUAGCUUGUUUGAGCAAUAAAGGGAAAAACAAAAACUCAUCAGACACGGACAUUAGCUCCUCAAUGGUCUUGGUAUCGUGGUCUCGGCCUAUUGUCUCGUCACUGUCGCAACGAUGCGAGGUGAUUGGUUGGGGUCGUGUUCCUAUUUCGUGGGCCGAGAUGCCCAUGUGGCCUUUCUGGCCUGAUCUCAACAGUGAUGUUCGGUUGGUGUGGACUGAACCGUGGUGUGCGAACUGUGCGCUUGAUGGUCAGGUAUGUGGGUUCUCUAAUGAUAAGAAGAAAAUCCUUGUUGACCAAAAGAGAAACAAGAAAAGCCUUCAAGUUCAAUGCUACCCUAGUGCCUCUAGUAAAGGUCUUUCAAGAAGUGCCAAAUAUGGGUUAACUAUAGGUGUAGGAAUACUUGGGCUAUUGUGUCUAAUUGGGCUUUCUACCUUUAUCUGCGGCAAAUUCAGGAGGAACACAUAUCGUCGAAGAAACAUAGAUUUUCCAAUCACAAUUUCCCUAGAGCCCAUGCCAUUUGCCACUGGGCUUGAUGGUGCCACAAUUGAGAAGUACCCCAAGACUCUACUUGGGGAAAGUGGUCGCUUUUUGAAGCCUAAUGACAAUACAUGUGCAAUUUGUCUCUCUGAAUAUGAACCUAAAGAAACUUUGAGGAGCAUACCUGAGUGCAACCAUUAUUUUCAUGCAGAUUGUAUAGAUCAGUGGCUCAAAAUGAAUGGGACAUGCCCUUUGUGCAGGAAUUCACCACCAUCAGAGGCAUCUUCCACAGUCACCCCUUCUUUUUCUUCAUUAUUAUCCCCCACUUCCUCAUCUUCCUCUUCACACUAAAUAGUCAAAAUUUAAGGUUGAGUGCUAACAUGAGCUGAACAUCAAUGAGUUAUAGUAACUUUACCUUAUGAUUCAAUAUCUAAAUUAUAGAAAUUUAUUAUUCAUAA